AACAGAAGUUAAGAUUGUCUGUGGUGUAUUUACAUCAACGUCAAAGUAUUAUUUUUGUGAUUGUGAAAGUUAACAAUUUAAUUAUUUAUUUAUAUUUUAAUCAUUAUUAAAUCUGAUCGUUCAGAUUAACACGAAAAUGUCCUGUCGCAACGCUUCGCACGCUGGCAGCUGGUAUACAGAGAAUGGUAAUGAGUUAUCUCGCCAGCUGGACCUCUGGUUGUCCAAAGCUGACCUCACCCAUGGGCCGGCUAGAGCCAUCAUUGCACCUCAUGCAGGAUACUCUUACUGCGGGGCGUGCGCUGCUUUCGCCUACAGACAAGUUAGCCCUGUCGUUGUCAAGCGUAUCUUCAUCCUGGGUCCCUCCCACCACGUGAGGCUCGGAGGCUGCGCCCUCUCGUCGCUGGACAAGUACCAAACUCCUCUCUACGAUCUCACCAUUGACAAACAAAUUUACGCGGAGCUAGAGGCGACCCGCCAGUUUGAAUGGAUGGACGUGCAAACGGACGAAGAUGAACACUCGAUCGAGAUGCAUCUGCCGUACAUCGCUAAAGUUAUGGAAGAAUACCAAACAGGUUUUACAAUCAUACCUAUCCUAGUAGGCUCAUUGACCCCCGAAAAGGAGGCGAAAUACGGGGCCAUUUUAGCCCCGUACCUGGCGGACCCCCAAAACCUGUUGGUGAUCUCUUCAGACUUCUGCCAUUGGGGGUCCAGGUUUAGGUAUACGUGGAAAGAUAAUUCAAGGGGUCAUAUUUAUCAGAGCAUCGAGUGGUUGGAUAAACAGGGUAUGGACAUCAUUGAGAAGAUGGAUCCUCGCGCGUUCACCGACUACCUCAACAAGUACGGCAACACGAUAUGCGGGAGACAUCCCAUUGGCGUGCUUUUACAGGCCAUCGCCAAGCUUCGCAGUUCGUCCAAUUCGCCUCGGAUGUCGAUGAAAUUCUUGAAAUACGCUCAAUCCUCGCAAUGUAUGAAUUCUCAAGACUCUUCCGUGUCCUACGCUAGCGCUUCCCUAGUCAUCGAGUAGGGCAACAAUAGAAAUAAGGCAAGUUUUCUAAUUGAUAUUUUAUGGGAAUAUAAGUGGUUAUAAGUGGGUGGUGUUGGCCACUUAUGCUCACUUAUGGUUAUAAGUGGGUGAUCUUGGCCACUUAUGCUCACUUAUGGUUAUAAGUGGGUGAUCUUGGCCACUUAUGCUCACUUAUGGUUAAUUACUUAUGUUCAUUUAUGUAUGUUUUAUAAUUUAUAAUAACUGGUGGUAUGAAAUUUCAUUUCCUAGUUCGGGAUAUUUUAUUUCUACGACUUUAAAAUUAAUUAUUAUGUUAUUGGUUUACUCAAGUAAUUAUUUGACGAGGAACUCGACUAGUUUCAAGCCAUGCUAGAGGCUCAUAUUCAUGA